AUGGCAGUGCAUCCGACUGUGCAGAGGGCAUCUCAGGCUCCUCGUGGCCUCAGGGUGACCGUGCGGGCAGACAAGAGCUUGGAGAUUCGCUGGCAGACAGAGGAUGGAGCUUGUCUCUAUGAGCUGCAGAUCUGCUACUUUCCUUUCGACGGGCCCAUGAUUCAGCCCAGCCACUCGAAUGUCCUGCAAGUAGAAGGUGCCGCGCAGCAUGUGCCGCAUCCUGAGAGUCUUGACAAGGGGCAAGCUUGGGUGGUCAAGAUUGGCCUGAAGGCUAGGUCUGCAGAUGGGCUGUUGAGCGAUGCAGCGGAAGCUCAGGUCGCAAUGGAGGAUCAGCUGCCUGGAGAGGAAGCAAAGAAAGCUCUCGAAGCCUGGACUCGCAACUUUCAGGGGAAAUACUUUGCACCCUUUUGCGACAUGAGGGGAGAAAACCCAAAGAUUCUUGUCCUCGGCCCACAGCACCAUGGCAAGUCUUCCUUUGUCAAUCAUAUGAAUCGUUGCCUCCUUGCCAACUUGGGACUCCAUGAUGAACGCGACCAAGCUCCAGCUGGUGUUGAAGAAAAGACUGUCGCUACAGAGGCUCUUCAAAUUCCAAUGGGCUCCUCACCAGUGACUUUCAUCGACACCCCUGCAUUUGCCACCAUGAAUUCAGAGUCCACAAGAAAGCUGCAGACAUUGCUGUCAAGCGGCAAUUUUUGUGGCCAACGACGCAGUGACCUGGGACACGACGAGUCUAGCUUGUUCAAGAAGCCUCCACAUGCAGCCAUUGUGGUGAUCUCACUUUGCCAUUGGCGUGAUCAGAUGGAGGAAAUGAAGAUGUACUUGAUGAAGAUUGCGAAUGAGUUCAAGAACGCGUCACAGAGCAUGGUGGAGUUUCCAUACGUCAUCGCAGCUACCCAUUGCGAUGAGUUCCUGAAGGACUGUCAGACAGAGAACCCAAAGGAUGAGCUUGAGAAGGCCGUGCUAGGCAUCAAGAAGUUUGCCUUGACGGAUCAUGUCUAUGCCAUCACGAACUACAAGCGUGGUAGCAUGGCAAGCGCCCGCAACAAUGAGGCAACCUUCGACCUUCUCUCCCAGCUCCUCACCAAGGCUAAGCAUCGAGACACUGGAGUCAAGCAGACCCGCAACUGGUAUGUGGCACAUGUGGCUUGUGCCAUCACACCAGUGGUGUUGAUGGUUAUUUGUCGCCUUCUCGGGCGGUUAUGA